GGUUUGUCAGUUCGCUUCGAACCGGAUCAGGUCGAGUUAUUCCAUCCUCAGCCCCGGAUUUUCCUCGACUCAACUCUCUCCCUCUUCUCUAUCGAUCACCCUCGCCGCUCCUUCCCCCGACCAGCGUCGUCUGGGCUCAUCGCCGGCCAUCUACGCCGCCAUCUUCGUGCCGAUUUUUCUGUCUUCAUUUUGGAGGCCACACUGUGCAAUAAAAAAUGAUGCCAAGAUCAAUGCUGCAGCGGAUUGUGCCAUUUGUCAAUGCUCGUAUUCGGUGGAGCCACCGGCUCCUAAGCAUGUCUGCAGUGGAGUCUUCUUCCUCAUCACCUGAUGGUGAGGAAGCAGUCCAUAUGACUGACAAUUGCAUCAGAAGACUAAAAGAGUUGCAUGCAAAAGGUGACUAUGGUAAGAUGCUUCGACUAAGUGUUGAAACUGGUGGAUGUUCUGGUUUCCAGUAUGCAUUUUUGCUAGAUAACGAGAAAAAUUUGGAUGAUAGGGUUUUUGAGAAGGAUGGUGUCGAACUAGUGGUUGAUAACAUCUCAUAUGACUUUGUGAAAGGUGCUACCGUUGAUUAUGUUGAAGAGUUGAUCCGUUCGGCUUUCCAGGUGGUAACAAAUCCUAGUGCAGUCGGAGGUUGCAGCUGUAAAAGCUCGUUCAUGGUCAAAUAGCUGCUGCUUUGGUUUUCAAAAAUUACAUCAUCUGUUGUAACUAUAUGACCAUAUAUUGUAGCUACACCUUUGUUAUACAAAUUUUCCCAUUGAACAUGCCAAUUCACAUGUUUGUGUGACCUGAGUUAAUGUAGAAGGCAUACCGAAAGUUAAUUAUUGUAUCGAUUUCUGCUUUAUAAUGGAAGUGCGUAGCAUUUCUUUGUUA